AUGCUUUCCAUUCCAAAGGAAUUAGCAAUCCUCAACAAUUCUCUUUACUGUGAGAACCAACAGCUAAUCAUACGUCUAGAAGCCAAACUGCUACAAGACAUUCGGCUACUUGAUUUAUCGCCUACCGAGCUUGCCAAUGUCACAGAUUAUGUGCGCGACAGAGUAACACUGUUUAGAUUUCUAAAUGACAGCGACUUUAUCGAAGACGUAGCUAGGGAACGUGUAUUGGAUACAAUCCAGUGGAGAAUUCAAACUGGAAUCGACAAACUUACAUGGAAUUCACUCGCGAAUGAAUUUUACAACGGUAGUGGAUUUGCCUUUUUCCAUAAACACGACCAGCUCGGACGUCCUGUCGCAGUGAUCCGUAUGCGGCAUUUUCCUCAAUUCACUGAUAAAUCCAAAAACCUGUCAGCGUACAUGCACCCCUUUGCCUGCUUUGUAAUGGAAAUGGCUCGAAAAAUAACCUGGCAAUCAACACAAGAAAGAGAAAACUCUCACCAUGAAAUGCCACUUGUAUCACAAAUUGUGGUGAUUAUUGACAUUGCAAAGGCACCCUUUAUUGCUGUGGAUUCUCAAUUGAUUACUACACUCAAAGAUGUCACCAAUACAAGAUUCCCUGGAUUUAUUGGAUCUGUUUAUGUGAUGAACUUUGGGUGGAUGUAUCAAGGUGUAUGGCAAAUGGUGAAAUUGCUGCUGACCGAACAAGCAAAAAGUAAAGUCAAUUUUCCGUCAUCAAAAGAAGUCCAGCAAGUCAUCAGCAAGGAAAAUCUUUUAAAAGAACUAGGUGGUGAUGACGAUUUUCAAUGGAGCAUCGAGACAGACAAUGCUCUACAGUCCCAUGGCUGCGGUCAGCCGGUGAUACCUUCUCCCAUUAUGUCCCCUAUUAUGUCUCCCAUUAUGUCUCCGCUACCUUCACCGCAACUGCAACCUCAAGAACGAUCCCGUAGUCCCUCCAUAUCAUCCACAAUAUCUGACGACACCUUCUUUGACGCAAAAGAAUACGUCUCCAACACACCAUCAAACUAUCAGACACCAUAUUCAGCAGAGCUCAGAUCAUUGAGCUCGAGUGUGUAUGCUACCCCUGGAACACUCACACCUCUCCCAAUGCCUACGUUGUGCGACAUGCCGUGGUCAGUACCAAACAGACAAGUAGUACCACACCAACACGUACAACCAACCUAUCACUGGAAUGGUCUGCAUAUGGGCGAGGCAUUCCUGACAUCCUUUCUCAGCAAGGGGCGCAUAAAAAGCAACGGAAUAUCUGCACUUGCACUUGCUAACCGACUGGCAAUGGUCGAAAAAGAACAGCAGCAACAGAUGCGACAAUUAGGACUCGAAGACGAUUUUGUCAACGACCAGGACAUCCUGCUCGAUUUCCAAGUAGUCUUACCCCACUUUCCUCAUCUCUUGCCACCAAACAACCCGCAGUCUAGCUACGCAAGUUCGCCUGUCAGAAUGCGUCUUUUGCGAUCGGAACAACGUGCGCUACGUUUGGCUCGCCAGUUGUUCAGACUAACCUUCCGUUACAAUGGUGCGCUCUAUUGGGUUCUUUUGUAUAUUUUCUUGCGUGGACCUGUAGAACAAAGUGUUCGAAAGGCUCUGGCUCGCAUUCUCGCUCAGUCUCCUCAGAACAUCGCUUAUACAACAGUCGGGAUCACAGCUACUGUGGCAGCUGCCAUGGGUGCUUCCUUGUCUGCCACAUUGAACCAGCGAGAUAGCUAUUGA